UAGGUUAUGUUUCCAAUUAGGCGUUUUCAAAAAGCACAAUCUUAAAAGUUGGCAACAUUGUUUUACGUCAAACGACUUGUCACACAAAAACCAUCGGUGGUUGUUUUGGCGCCUGUCUCUCCUGUCAAAAUCUACCCAACAAAAAUUCCUUUUCACGUUUAAUCGGGCGCCAUGGCCGCCGACCAAGAACAUUUUUACCAGCUACUGACGACCCUUUUGUCCACCGAUAACGACAUCCGAGUGCAAGCAGAGGAAGCCUACUCCAAUCUACCGGUGGAAUCGAAAAUCAGCCACCUGUUAAGCGCCAUUCACAAUGCCAGCCUGGGCGACGACGCACGUCAAAUGUCAGCGGUACUACUGCGCCGCAUUUUCUCCAACGACUUUGCAACCUUUUACCCCAAAUUGCCUCCAGAAAGUCAGGCACAGCUCAAAGAACAAGUUUUGCUAGCCGUACAGCAAGUGCGAACUGAAAAUCUGAGACACAAAGUUUGCGAAGUCGUAGCUGAAGUGGCUCGGAAUAUGAUCGAUGAUGAUGGAAACAAUCAAUGGCCAGAAUUUUUACAGUUUCUCUUCCAUUGCGCCAACGAUCCGAGUCCGAUGAUGAAAGAAGCUGCACUCACAAUGUUCACCAGCAUCCCAACAGUAUUUGGCAACCAGCAAAACAACUACCUGGAUCUUAUUAAACAGAUGUUGUUGCAAAGCUUACAAAACGCUGAAUCCUACGAGGUCAGAUUUCAAGCUGUACGAGCUGUAGGCGCUUUCAUAUCCAGCAACGACAAGGAAACACAAAUCUUGAAACAUUUUGCUGAUUUGCUGGCUCCAAUGCUUAUGGCCAUUGCUGAAAGUAUUCAGCAACAAGAUGAUGAUAGUUUGUUGAAGGUUUUGAUUGAAUUGGCUGAAACCACCCCCAAAUUUUUAAGGCCUCAAUUGCUGAACAUCUACGACAUGUGUAUGAAACUGUUCAGUGACCCCAGUGCUUUGGAUAGUUGGAGAAUCCUUGCCUUAGAAGUAAUGGUUACUUUAGCUGAAAUGGCACCAGCAAUGGUACGCAAACUUGCCGGCAAAUAUGUAGAACAAUUAGUUCCACUUAUCCUGCAAUUUAUGGCGGAUUUAGAAGAGGAAGACAAUUGGGCGGAGUCUGAUGAGCUAUUGGAUGAGGAUAAUGAUUGUAAUAAUGUAGUAGCAGAAGGGGCGUUAGAUCGGUUGGCCUGCGGAUUGGGCGGCAAAGUCGUUUUGCCUUUGGUUACCGCAAACAUGCCGCGCAUGCUCAGUCAUCCCGAUUGGAAACAGAAACAUGCUGCCUUGAUGGCAAUCAGCGCCAUUGGCGAAGGAUGUCAGAAGCACAUGGAACCAAUGCUGCCACAAAUUAUGGAAGGGGUACCGGGAGUGAUGGAGAGUAUUUUGAGAUACCUACAAGAUCCCCACCCGCGUGUUAGAUACGCGGCCUGCAACGCAGUAGGACAAAUGUCAACAGAUUUCGCGCCAGUUUUUGAAAAAAAAUUCCAUGCCCGAGUAGUUCCUGGCUUAUUAAUGCUAUUGGACGACAAUGCCAAUCCUAGAGUACAAGCACAUGCAGGUGCCGCCUUGGUGAAUUUCGCCGAAGAUUGUCCUAAGCACAUUCUUAGCAAUUAUCUAGAACCUUUGAUGGCCAAAUUAGAAGGCAUUUUGACAUCUAAAGUGAAAGAAUUAGUUGAAAAAGGUACCAAAUUGGUACUAGAACAAGUUGUUACAACAAUUGCCAGUGUUGCCGAUACUGCUGAAAACGAAUUUGUCGCCUACUAUGACCGACUAAUGCCAUGUCUCAAGUAUAUCAUUGAAAAUGCUAAUAAGGAAGAGUAUAAGUUGCUUAGAGGUAAAACCAUCGAAUGUGUCACUUUGAUUGGAGUGGCAGUAGGACCAGAAAAGUUCAGCGCCGAUGCCACUCAAGUAAUGGACAUGUUGCUUAAAACCCACGGUAGCGGAGUAGAAUUGCCCGAUGACGAUCCGCAAACUAGUUAUUUGAUAUCCGCUUGGUCUAGAAUAUGUAGAGUUCUUGGUAAAAACUUCGAACCGUAUCUGCCACUGGUUAUGGGCCCAGUUAUGCGAACGGCAGCCAUGAAACCGGACGUGGCGUUGCUUGACAGUGAAGAACUUGCCGGAAUUGAUGGAGUGGAAGACGAAUGGCAGUUUGUCUCUUUGGGCGAACAGAAGAAUUUCGGAAUUCGAACAGCAGGCUUAGAAGACAAAGCGGCCGCCUGUAUGAUGUUGGUAUGCUACGCUCGAGAACUAAAAGAUGGCUUCGCCCCCUACGCUGAAGAAACUGUCAAAUUAAUGGUACCAAUGUUGAAAUUCUAUUUCCAUGAUGGAGUGCGCAAUGCGGCAGCAGAAUCAUUGCCUUGGCUGUUAGAAUGUUCUACUUGCAAAGGCCCCGCCUUUGUCAACGACAUGUGGCGCUUCAUUUGUCCAGAAUUACUAAGAGCUAUUGAUACCGAGCCUGAAAACGAAGUAAUACUUGCAAUGCUUGACUCAUUAGCACGUUGUAUUUUAAAAUUGGGACCUUCUUAUAUUAACCAAGAAAGUAUGAGCGAGAUUUUAAGAAUUACAGACAAGUUGAUGACUGAGCACUUUGAUAGAGCACAAGAUAGACACAAAAAACAUUUAGACGAAGAUUAUGAUGAGGAAGUGCAAGAGCAACUAGAAGACGAAGAAUCUGAUGACAUUUACAUUUUAAGCAAAAUAGCAGAUGUAAUUCAUUCCUUGUUUACAGUCUACCGGGAGAAUUUUAUACCGUUUUUCGAUCAAAUUGUCAAUCAUUUUGUCAACUUGUUAACACCCAAUCAAAGCUGGGCUGAUAGGCAAUGGGGCAUUUGCGUUAUAGACGAUGUAAUUGAAUAUUGUGGGCCUGCCUGUGUUAAAUAUCAAAACAUCUUUUUGGAACCUUUGGCUGUUUAUAUACGAGACAAAAACUGCGAGGUACGUCAAGCUGCCGCUUAUGGUUGGGGUGUUUUGGCUCAAUUCGGCGGAGAACAAUUUGCAGGAGAAGUUGCCAAAAUUAUGCCCGCAUUGGUAGAAGUUAUCACCCAUCCUGAAUCAAAAGAGCCUAGAAAUAUUAAUGCAACUGAAAAUGCUAUUUCGGCUGUUACUAAAAUAAUGAAGUAUAAUUGUAGUGGAAUUAAUUUAGCUGAUGUUAUUCCGGUUUGGUUCACUUGGCUGCCUGUGGUUGAGGAUUCGGAUGAGGCUCCCCAUGUGUAUGGAUACUUGUGUGAUUUGAUUGAACAGAAUCAUCAGGCUGUUAUAGGUUCAAACAACGCAAACAUCCCAAAAAUCAUCCACAUCAUAGCUGAAGCGUUCAGUCGUGAAGUAAUCGAACCAACCUCCUCAGAAGGAGCCAGGAUGUUGAAUAUUGUAAGGCAAGUGCAAGUAAAUGAGUCAUUUUUCCAGACUGUCUUUGCUACGAUGUCAGCUGAACAACAACAAGCUUUACAUGUGGCAUUGCAUACCGUUCCAACGCCUGUGACUUCUUAGUGCGACAGUAAAUAAAUUUUAUUUAUUUUAUAAUCAGUUUUUCGUUUAUUUUUCUCAAUGAUGGUUUCAACGUAAUUUAGUUACGUUUUUAAACAAAAUUUAUUUUUUUAUUACAUGAAACUCUUUAUAAUAAUUAUUAUUAUGACAAUGUUUUUUUAUCUUCUUGGAUGUAUUUUUAAGGUUUAAAAUACAUUUUUUGUUAAAUGAGAAUAAUUUUAACCCGGGAGUACACGCGUGUCAGUCUAAAGAACCGAGCAUUGAUAAAAUCACUGGUACAAGAGUUUUGUCCAUCCAAGAAUGCCUAAUGCAAGUUUUCCACUACUCAUUGGCCCAAAAAUAUUUCGGUUUUUUGUUGAAAUAUAUAGUUCGUUGUUUUUAUAGUUGGUAACCUGAGUAGGUAUCUAAAAUAUUUGUGGCAUUUUCUGAUAUUGGAAGUACCUUUUAACUUUGGCUAUCCAUAAUACGGUAACUGUACUGCAUAAUUUGAUAUUAUUAUGAAUUCUAUUAAUUCAUAUGAACAUUUAAGCAGGCGUACAAUGACGUAAGUUUUUUAACGCGUAUAAUACCGGGUUAAUAUGUAUUUUGAUCUUUUGUUCUUGAUAAAUUUUCUCGUCUCGUUUUGUCGUGUAAAUAAUUAUUGCAUUAUUAUUAUAGAGAUUGUACGUCGCCAUUUUUAAUAUUUUCUUUUAGACUGCAUGUGAUAUAUUUUAAUUUUCCUGGUUUUUCUCAAAAAAAUAAAAAUAUUAAUUAUUUUAAUAUAAUUAAUAAUAGGGUCAAGUUUUAUCGAUUAUUGUCGAUUGAUCGUUGUAUGAAAACGAUUUUUUUUUCCGAAAAAAUAAAGUUUCCUCUAUAUUUU